AAGUUAGCUACACCGAUGCUAAGGAAGUAGCAUUGUUUACAGAGCAGCAGCACCACAGUGAUGCUGCUAGCUUUAGCGCUAACAAACCCAGCUAUGUUGACGUGAUAUAAAAACUCUAAAGGGCAGCAAUGUGUGACCUCGAGUAGACGGUGAGACAUGGACUUCCUCACUCUGUUCGGGAUCUACGUGGUGGUGGUGCUCAGCUGUAUCGUCCUGGUCUGUCGGUACUCAGGUCAGCAGCAGACCCCCUUUACUGUCCUCUUCAACUCUGUGGCAAAGGUGGUUGCACCUUUUACCCCUAAAUGGCUGCAGAAGUUUUCACAGUGGACCUUACACAGGCUGUUUCAUCAAAGGAACAACAUGUUCAUCUACCUGCACGUCCUGCUGGAGGCUGCUGUGUACGCAGAAUUCACCUACGAGGUGUUUGGCUUCUGCAGGGAGAUGGACACAACUCUGAGCAGCCUGUCAGUGCCUUAUGUCCUCCUGGGCAUCAAGACCUUCUUCUUCUACCUCUGCAUCAGACGAGAUCCAGGCACGGUGACGAAAAGGAAAAUCGCCGGCCAGCUGCACAUCUAUGCGUACGACAGGAGGCUGUUUCACCCAGGAGUCUCCUGUGAAACCUGCCAGCUCGUCAAACCGGCUCGCUCCAAACACUGCAGGGUGUGUGACAGGUGUGUCCAGCGCUUCGACCACCACUGUGUCUGGGUGAACAACUGCAUCGGUGCUCAGAACACACGUUACUUCCUGCUUUACCUCUUCAGCGUGUGUGCCAUGGCGGGCGACAUCGCCGUACUAACAGGAGACAUGCUGCUGCACGCCGUGCUGCGGUCGGGGCUCCUGAGGGCCAGUUACAUCGAUGAGUACGGCCAGCAACAGCCGGCGGGGCCUCUGUUUGUCGUACAGCAUCUGUUCCUGACUUUCCCUCGAAUCGUCUUCAUGCUGGGGUUUCUGAUCUUCGUCUUCUUCCUCCUGGCCGGUUACGCCCUCUUCCAUUCAUACCUGGCUGUCGUCAACCAAACCUCAAACGAGUGGUACAAGAGUCGAGGUUACACCUGUCAGCACUGCCAUCCCACAGCAGACCAUCUCUGCAGCCCAGCAGCGCCAGACCACUCCAAAAGAUACUUCUACAGCAGAGGGCUGCUCCGAAACCUGGGGGAGAUUUUCUUCCCUCCACAACCGGUUCGCAAAAAAGACAACUGAGAAAAAGAGGCUGCCCUCUGUGUCGUUAUGCUGCAUUUACUGUUCAUCUCCUGCUGACUGAACAAAUAAAGUUAAGCAAUUUCUUUAGGGGCUCUUGUGUGUGUCCCUCACAAGGUGUCAUGUAUUUUGGGAAGCCCUGACAUUGUGGGAGUGAACACAAAAGAAAUCCUGAUUGGAUCAAAUCGUUGUCUGUUAAUUAAAUGCUCUAACUUCAAGCUUAGGACUCAUUUUUCAUCGAUUGAAGCUGGAACAUUUUUCCUGAUACUGUGAUUUAUUCAAAACAUGACGGUGGCAUCAGGACUCUUGAAUAUGUUGCGCUGUAUGUAUUUUUUCAGGUAUGGGUGUAUUUUAAGUGCCACUGGGGAUUUUAAAUAAAUAUUUGAUUUAAAA